AUGAGAAAGGCCAGAGAGGCAGAUGGUGCGAGAAAAUUCAUCAGAAGUGAGUGGCUAACGAAGAACCAGGUUCAAAGCUACUUUUCGAGGCUUUCUGCUACGAAACGAAGAAGAGCCGCAAAAGAUCAAGAGCGGGAUGCAAACGACGAAGACGACGAGGAAAGUCUCAUCGAAGAAGAAAGCGCUUACCUACAACACAGAGUAAGGACAAAGGAGGUAGCAGAUGUUAUUUCCGAAAUUGGACUUACUCAUCCAAUAUUAUUUGAUGGACACAAUAUUUGUGAUCAUGUUAACGACGACACGUUAAGGAAGUUUAAAAUCACCACGUUAAGGGAAAUGUGUGCUUUUUUUGAAAUUGCUUUUAAAGGCCACCUUACUUAA